AUGUCUAACUACUAUUUCCUUUUUUCAUUCAUUUUUACUCUAUUCAUCAUCACAAAACAACAACAAAAUAAUGAAAAUUUAGUAUUUGUUCCAAUUAUUACAUCCAAAAACACAGCAGAAUAUAUUAACUUGAUUAAAAUGUUACGCCGUCCAACACCUCUUAAUUCAGCAGAUUCACAAAUGUAUAACUACAAGAUACAAAAUGGACAAGAUGGAAGGACUAAACGUCAAUUAGCUGCUGCUUUUAAUGAAGGAAGCAUUCUCACGCCCGAAAAUAGGAUUCAACGAGAAUUCACAGAGAAACGAUUCAGCCGGAUUGGAGGAAAUAUAAUGAUGGGAUGAAUUUAAAAUAAAAAAAUAUUUAUUCAGAAAUUCCUCAUUUAUUGAAAAUGAUCUCAUUGAAUUU